AGUUUAAGCGUUUUGCAUAUUCUGUGGUCCGUGACAUUAUAUGGGAGCUGGGGCUGUGUUUAUUGACACAACUUUCAGAACCCGCUGUUGAAAUCCUUUGCUUUCUUUCUCUCUUUUUCUCUCUAGUUGGGAUUGUGAAGAACGGCUCUGUUUCAAAAGGCCAGAGCCAUUGCUUCUCUCUCCAAAGAGGUUGCAGAGAGUCGAUUUGGUGCUGAAAAGCGGUGAUCUACAACACUUUUCAGUGAUUCGAGAAACGAUGCGCAACGAGCUAUGGUUUGCACUGCUAAUGAUUUACAUGGUUGGAAAGAUUUUCCAAAGGGGCUUAGAGUUCUCCUCCUUGAUGGAGACAGCAGUUCUGCUGCUGAGAUAAAAACAAAGCUUGAGGAAAUGGAGUAUGUUGUUGUGACUUACUGCAAUGAGAAUGAUGCAUUGUCAGCCAUUUUGAGCAAACCCGAAACAUUUCAUGUUGCCAUUGUGGAGGUAACGACAAGCAAUCACGAUGGGAAUUUUAAGUUUCUUGAAGCUGCUAAGGACUUGCCUACCAUUAUGAUUUCAAAUAUUCAUUGCCUAAGCACAAUGAUGAAGUGCAUUGCGCUUGGUGCGAUCGAGUUUCUUCAGAAACCACUCUCCGAGGACAAAUUGAGGAAUAUUUGGCAACAUGUUGUUCAUAAGGCAUUCAAUGCAGGCGGUAGUCCUGUCCCCAAUUCCUUAAAGCCUAUUAAAGAUUCUGUUGCCUCCAUGCUGCAUCUAGAAUUAGAAAACAGCGAAAACGAGAAUCAAGUCCAAAAAGAGUUAGAAAUAUUGAGUGGCGACGAUGACAUUGAUCAUGAACUACUAGAAGGAAGUGAUAAGUAUCCAGCUCCUUCAACUCCUCAGCAGAAGCAUGGAAUGCGACUGGUGGAUGAUGGUGACUGUCAUGAUCAAUUAAACAGUUCGCUCGAGAAAGAGUGCGGGGAGCAAGAUGGGGAAUCUAAAUCUGUCGAAACUACUUGUAUCAAUUCACUUGGUGAAGGAACUUCUCAAGUGGAAAACUCUCAGUUACCUGACCAAGAAGGAAUAAAAGAGGAAGCGAACUCUGCUGAUGGCUGUGGGGCUGCAAGUAACAUCGAUCACGAAACACAUGAUCAAGACAACAUUAGCAGUUCCGAAAAAAACAAGAGCAAACCAUGUGGUCUCAGUAAUCCUUGUGGGACAAAAGUUAGCAGGAAGAAGCUGAAGGUAGACUGGACGCCCGAACUGCACCGAAAGUUUGUACAGGCAGUGGAACAACUCGGAGUGAAUCAAGCAAUUCCUUCUCGAAUUCUCGAGCUGAUGAAAGUUGAAGGCUUGACAAGGCAUAAUGUAGCAAGCCAUCUUCAGAAGUAUCGGAUGCAUAAGAGACACAUCUUACCAAAAGAAGAAGAUGGGAGUUGGUCUCAUUCAAAGGAUCCAAUGAGGAAGAACUACCAUCCACAAAGACCUGUGAUGGCCUUCCCCCCUCCCUAUCAUUCAAAUCAUAUAAUGCCAGUUGCUCCUGUCUAUCCGCCGUGGGGUCAUAUGACUUGCCCCUCACCCGGUGUCCAGAUGUGGGUGCCACCCGGUUAUCCGCCAUGGCGACCACCAGAAAUUUGGCCGUGGAAGUCGUAUCCUGGGAUGCAUGCUGAUACAUGGGGUUGCCCUGUGACACCACCUCCUCAUAGCCCUCUCUCUUCUCAUCCUCAACAGCAUAUUUCAAGAUUUGAAAACGCCAAUCCAUACGAUAAAAGCUACGGCAUUGCAUUCAACCCUAUCGAUCUCCAACUGGCUGAUGAAGAAAUUGACAAAGUGGUGAAAGAAGCAAUCAGCAAGCCAUGGUUGCCAUUGCCAUUGGGGUUAAAGCCACCAUCAACAGAAAGUGUACUGUCUGAGCUCUCAAGACAAGGCAUCUCAACCGUCCCUUCUCACAUCAAUGGCUCUAAACUACAAUGACUGUCCUUCAAAAAACUCAGUUGAGGGUCCCAUCAUGUUUAUAAGAAUAUCAGAAGAAAAAUCCAAUUGGCUUGUGGGCUCUUCCACUGUCUGUAGCUGAUUUGGACCAUCUGAUUUUCAUCAUCUGCAAUGUUAAAAAAACUCAAAAAAAAAGAAAAAAAGAAAAUGGGAGAGGGAGAAGAGACAAGUGGAGCCCAAAACCAAGGAUGGCACGUGCAGGGUCACGUGGGGCUGUGAUGUUCUGUCCUUUUUGCAAUGGUCAGAUGAAGGACAGAAUGGACGGUGGAGGAAGAGCCACGUAGGUGAUUUUGACACCACAAUUUUGAAGUGUGGCUGUGAAGAUAGCAGAAAAAGGAGGGCGUGGUGGGUUGGUGAGUGUUGGAGUAAGUGGAAGACGUAAUAAUUGAAUUCAUUAGAUUUUUUUUUUCCUUUUAGAGAGGGAGAAGAUCAGAUGAUGAUGAUGGUGAUGUGUUCUUUUCUGAUGGGACCAUGAUUUUGAGUCUUUUGCUCAAUAAUGUAAAAUGACUAUGAAUUUUUGGUGCCUAUGCUGUUUCAGUUUCCUUUAGGGUAAUAAAGUUUUUGGUAGGAAUUGUUUCU